AUGUCACUCUGGCGGUCGUCUCUUACUCGUGUAGGACGAUCUGUAGCGCGACUUCCCCACGUAUACACAAGAAAUAUGAACUGGACACCCUCUGCGAAUCCGUACCCAGCCGCCCGUCGUAGCGACGCAGCAACGACGUAUGCCAGUGCGAAGCAUGGCCAAGUCACGGUACCUGAACCGUACGAUUGGCUCGAAGUCCCUCCGUCACAGAGUCCUGAGACCAAGGCCUGGACAGAGGCUCAGGCGGCGUACACGGCCAAGUUUGUCGCCGAGUGCCCUGACAAGACGACGCUGCAGCAGCGUCUGCAAAAGAACUGGGACUAUGCACGUACCAGUGCGCCGUCGCUCAAGCCGGACGGUCGUUACUACUACUCGUACAACUCGGGCCUGGCGCCGCAAAGUCUGAUCUAUCGUGCUACGCGCGAGCAACUCGACAAGGCACAGCAGAGUGCAGCGACGGAGCCGAUGGGCGAGUUGUUCUUUGAUACCAAUGUGCUGAGCGACGACGGCACCGUGGCCCUCACAUGGACCUCCUUCUCGCAUUCGGGCAAGUACAUAGCCUAUGGUAUUUCGCGAAGUGGCUCGGACUGGUUCAAGAUCUUUCUGCGUGAGACCAGUGCGCCGAUGACGUCGUGCCAACCUGGGACGGAAGGCGGUGAUGGCCGUCUGCCAGAUGUGCUUGAUCACAUCAAGUUCUCCGGCAUUACCUGGACGCAUGACGACAAGGGUUUCUUCUACCAGCGCUUCCCUGCGACCGAGCAGGAAGACAAGGGAACAGAGACGGAUGCGAACCAGGAUGCGCAGCUGUACUACCACCGCCUCGGCACGCCGCAGUCGGAGGACAUUCUGGUGGUCGACUCGGAUCCCGUCACGCGCUCCUCCAUGUGGAGCUGCGACGUGACGGACGAUGGUCAAUGGUGCAUUCUGUCCAACUCGAAGGACACGGACAACAAGCACCGCUACUAUAUCACGUCGUUGGAGCAUGGCGUAUCCAGCGACAUGGCAUGGAUCCCACUGUCGUCCGAGUUCAAGUUCGCGUUGGACUACCUUGCGAACGAUGGCCUUCGUUUCUAUAUGCUGACCAACAAGGAUGCACCGAACUACCGCAUUGUGUACUUUGACUUGGAUCCAUCGCAGGCGCAGCGUGUUCAGCACGUCUCGCAGCUGCAAGGCGGUGUGCACACAUUCCAUGAUCUGAUCGCCGAGGACAAGAAUGCAAUUUUGACCACAGCGACGGUCAUUGACCACAACAAGCUGCUCGUGGUGUGCUCGCGCGAUGUCAAGGAUGAGUUGUGGGUGCAUGACUUGCACUCGGGCCAGCAAAUCACGCGGCUUCUCCCGGACUUGGUCGGUACGAUUGGGCAGAUCACAGGCCGUCGAGAGCACAAGGAGUCGUUCGUGGCAUCCGUGUCGUUUGUGAACCCGGGCCGCGUGGACCGCGUGUCGUGGGAGGGCGCGGCGGCGUCCGGCUCGCAGGCGAUGGCGCCUGUGUCUGUGACCGAGUUUUCCACGACGCAUGUUGCAGGCAUUCGCGCGGACGACUAUGUAUCGACGCAAGUGUUUUUCCCCAGCAAGGAUGGGACCAAGAUCCCGAUGUUCCUCACGCAUCCCAAGGAUAUGCCGAUCGAUGGAACGGCGCCGGCGUACGUGUACUUCUAUGGCGGCUUCAACAUCCCUCUGACACCGGUCUUUUCUCCUUCGAUGAUGACAUGGGUCGCCUCGUACCGUGGCGUCUUGGCGUUCGUCAAUGCACGUGGCGGCGGUGAGUACGGCGACAAGUGGCACGAUGCGGGACGUUUGUUCCACAAGCAAAACGUCUUCGACGAUGUCCUAGGCGCCUGCCAGUGGCUGCAUGAGAACAAGUAUGCGAAGAAGGGCCACAUUACCAUUGCCGGCGGAAGCAAUGGCGGUAUGGGUGUCGGCGCCGUCGUCAACCAGUGCACGGACGCUCACGGUAUCGGUGCGGCGAUUGCAGACGUGGGUGUGCAUGACAUGCUCAAGUUCCCGCUGUGGACGAUCGGCAAAGCCUGGACGGCCGACUAUGGCAACCCGCAAGAAGACGGCCAAGCGCUCGACUACAAUAUGACGUACUCGCCACUGCACACGGUACGCGCGGACAAGACGUACCCGGCUGUGAUCCUGGCAUGUGCCGACCAUGACGACCGCGUGGUGCCUGCGCACUCGUUCAAGAUGGCGGCGGAAAUGCAGCAUCAACUCGCCCAGAACCCGAACCCGAUUCUGCUGCGUGUAGAGCUGCAGGCGGGGCAUGGCGCAGGAAAGAGCACGCAAAAACGCAUUGAAGAGGCGGCAGAGAAAUUCGCGAUUGUGGCUCGUGUCUUGGACCUGCCUCUUGCCAAGGCGACGUAA